AUGAGCAGCAACAAGCGGGUUCUCAUCCUUGCCGGCGACGGCAUCGGGCCCGAGGUGAUGGGCCAGGUCGAGCGGGUCAUGGAGUGGCUCUCCGCGCGGCGCUCGUUCUCCUUCGACGUGCAGAGCGGACUCGUCGGCGGCGUCAGCUACGAGGCGCACGGCACGCCGCUCACCGACGAAACCCUGGCGGACGCGGUCGCGGCCGACGCCGUCCUCUUCGGCGCGGUCGGCGGGCCGCAGUGGGAUAGCGUGGCCCGCGAGGCGCGGCCGGAAAUGGGAAUCCUGCGGCUCCGCAAGGAAAUGGACCUCUACGCCAAUCUGCGCCCGGCACUGGUCUUCGAUCCGCUGGUCGAGGCCUCGACGCUGAAGGACGAGGUGGUGCGCGGCCUCGACCUGAUGAUCGUCCGCGAGCUCACGGGCGGCAUCUACUUCGGCGAGCCGCGCGGCGUGGAGACGCUCCCUGACGGCACGCGGCGCGGCUUCGACACCGAGGUCUACAGCGCGCCCGAGAUCGAGCGGGUCUCACGCGUCGCGUUCGAGCUUGCCCGGAGGCGGGACAACCGGGUGCACUCGGUCGAGAAGGCCAAUGUCAUGGAAUCCGGCAAGUUCUGGCGGGACGAGGUGACGGCGCUGCACGCGGCCGACUAUACGGAUGUCGCGCUGGAGCACAUGUACGCCGAUAACUGCGCCAUGCAGCUCGUGCGCCGGCCCAAGCAGUUCGACGUAAUCGUCACCAGCAACCUGUUCGGCGACCUCUUGAGCGACUGCGCGGCGAUGCUGACCGGCUCGCUCGGCAUGUUGCCCUCGGCCUCCCCUCGGCCCGUCCGACGAGGGCGGAAACCGCAAGGCGCUUUACGAACCCGUGCACGGGUCAGCGCCCGACAUCGUCGGCCAGAAUCUGGCCAAUCCGUUGGCGGCGCUUCUCAGCUUCACGAUGAUGCUGCGCUAUUCGUUCGGCGCGGCAGACGACGCCGACCUCAUCGAGGCGGCCGUUCAGGACGUGCUGGCGGGGGGCUUGCGCACCGCCGACAUCAUGCAGGACGGGAUGACGGCAGCUUCGACCGAUGCCAUGGGCGAUGCCGUCCUCGGCGCGCUCGACGCGCGCGCCGCCUGAGCACGCCAAAGGGAGUCCGAACCAUGGGCUAUCGCGUCGCCGUCGCCGGCGCCACCGGCAAUGUCGGGCGCCAAUUGCUCGCCGUACUCGCCGAGCGCAACUUUCCUGCCGACGAGAUUAUCCCGCUCGCCUCGCGCGCCUCGGCCGGCAAGGAGGUCUCCUUCGGCGACGACAUCACCCUCAGGUGCACGAUCUCGCCGAAUUCGACUUCGCCGGCGUCGAUUUGGGCCUGUUCUCCGCCGGGCUCCGCAGUCUCCAAGGUUCACGCGCCCCGCGCCGCGGCCCAGGGCUGCGUCGUCAUCGACAACACCUCGCAGUUCCGCAUGGACGAGGACGUGCCGCUGGUGGUGCCCGAGGUGAAUGGGGAGACGAUCGCGGGCUAUGACGCGCGCAACAUCAUUGCUAACCCCAACUGCUCGACCAUCCAGAUGGUGAUGGCGCUGAAACCGCUGCACGACCAUGCGCGCAUCAAGCGCAUCGUCGUCUCCACCUAUCAGUCCACCUCCGGCGCCGGCAAGCAGGCAAUGGACGAGCUGUUCGAUCACACGCGGGCGAUCUACAUGAACGCCCGCGAGGAACCGCGCGCCUUCGCCAAGACCAUCGCCUUCAACGUCGUCCCCCAGAUCGGCGCGUUCGACACCGAUGGCUCCACCGGGGAAGAGGCCAAGAUGGUCCGCGAGACGCAGCGGAUCCUCGACCCGGAGAUUCUGGUCAGCGCCACCUGCGUGCGCGUGCCCACCUUCAUCGGCCAUGCCGAGGCCGUGAACGUCGAAUUCCACGACCCGAUCGAUGAGGAGGAGGCGCGGGAGCUGCUCUCCGCCGCGCCGGGCGUGGAGGUGAUCGAUCGGCCCUUCGACGGCGGCUACGCGACCCCCGUCGAUUGUGUCGGCGAGGACGCAACCUUUGUCUCGCGCAUCCGCCGUGAUCCCACGGUAGCAAACGGCCUCUGCCUUUGGAUCGUCUCCGACAAUCUGCGCAAGGGAGCGGCGCUGAACGCAGUCCAGAUCGCCGAGGACCUGAUCGCCAACCAUCUCGUGCCCGCCUGA